UGCCCGUCCGCCAUCUCUGAGAGGAACCUGAGAAGUGAAGCGCGCCGAGCGGCUUGUCAACAAACCAAAGAGUGAAACUCAUUACGGCCGAGUGGAGGCUCAACGGUGCCUCGGUGUAUGUUCCCCGUCUUUGCCCGGAGACGAUUUUCAUGUGAAAGGAGACAGCGGCGGGGAAUAAGACGCCAUGUCUAAUCUCAGCAAAGGAGGCACCAAGAAAGACACCAAGAUGAGGAUACGAGCCUUUCCUAUGACCAUGGAUGAAAAGUAUGUCAACAACAUCUGGGAUCUCUUGAAGAAUGCCAUCCAGGAGAUCCAGAGGAAGAACAACAGUGGGCUUAGCUUCGAGGAGCUCUACAGGAACGCCUACACUAUGGUACUGCACAAACAUGGAGAGAAGCUCUACACGGGACUGAGGGAAGUGGUUACCGAACAUCUCAUCAACAAAGUACGAGAGGAUGUGCUGAACUCCCUGAAUAACAACUUUUUGCAAACACUGAAUCAAGCCUGGAAUGACCACCAGACUGCUAUGGUGAUGAUCAGAGACAUCUUGAUGUACAUGGACCGAGUGUAUGUGCAGCAGAAUAAUGUCGAAAACGUCUAUAACCUGGGUCUCAUCAUCUUUAGAGACCAGGUGGUUCGUUACGGUUGCAUCCGGGACCAUCUUAGACAGACUUUACUAGACAUGAUCGCCCGUGAGAGGAAAGGCGAGGUAGUGGACAGGGGAGCCAUCCGUAACGCUUGUCAGAUGUUGAUGAUUUUGGGCUUGGAAGGGCGUUCGGUUUAUGAAGAGGACUUUGAGGCCCCAUUCUUAGAAAUGUCUGCCGAGUUCUUCCAGAUGGAGAGUCAGACGUUUUUAGCGGAGAACAGUGCGAGCGUGUACAUAAAAAAAGUGGAGGCGCGGAUAAACGAGGAGAUCGAACGAGUGAUUCACUGCCUGGAUAAAACCACAGAGGAGCCGAUCGUGAAGGUGGUGGAGAGAGAGCUCAUCUCUAAGCACAUGAAGACCAUCGUAGAGAUGGAAAACUCCGGCCUGGUGCACAUGCUCAAGAACGGAAAGACAGAAGAUCUGGCCUGCAUGUACAAAUUGUUCAGUAGGGUGCCAAACGGCCUGAAGACAAUGUGCGAAUGUAUGAGCUCUUAUCUACGAGAGCAGGGAAAAGCUUUGGUGUCAGAGGAAGGAGAGGGGAAGAACCCAGUCGAUUACAUCCAGGGUCUCCUGGAUCUCAAGUCACGGUUCGAUCGCUUUCUUCAAGAAUCCUUUAACAACGACCGCUUGUUCAAGCAGACUAUCGCAGGGGACUUUGAGUAUUUUCUGAACCUCAACUCUCGUUCACCCGAGUAUCUCUCGCUAUUUAUAGAUGACAAGCUAAAGAAAGGAGUUAAAGGACUGACAGAGCAGGAGGUGGAGUCCAUCUUGGAUAAGGCCAUGGUUCUGUUCAGGUUUAUGCAAGAGAAGGACGUGUUUGAGCGCUACUACAAGCAGCAUCUUGCCCGAAGACUUCUCACCAACAAGAGCGUCUCUGACGACUCGGAGAAAAACAUGAUCUCAAAGUUAAAGACAGAAUGUGGCUGUCAGUUCACAUCCAAACUGGAAGGAAUGUUCAGGGACAUGAGCAUAUCUAACACGACCAUGGAUGAGUUUCGCCAACACCUUACAACAACAGGGGUGUCUUUAGGUGGUGUUGACCUCACAGUGAGGGUCUUAACGACAGGAUACUGGCCCACACAGUCUGCAACUCCCAAAUGUAACAUUCCUCCUUCACCGAGACAUGCGUUCGAGGUCUUCAGAAGGUUUUAUUUGGCCAAACACAGCGGCAGGCAGCUCACAUUACAGCAUCACAUGGGCUCCGCAGACCUCAAUGCCACAUUUUAUGGGCCAGUCAAAAAGGUUUAUACACCUAUUACGAGCUGUCACACAGAAAAUGAUGAUAAAAUUAGACACUUUUAUCCUCAUCCUGGUUUCUUUUCUCUACAGGAGGAUGGGUCAGAUAUUGUGGGUGGAGCUCAGGUUACAGGCUGUAAUGCAAGGAAACACAUUCUGCAAGUUUCCACAUUCCAGAUGACAAUCCUCAUGCUCUUCAACAACAGAGAGAAAUCAACAUUUGAGGAAAUUCAGCAAGAGACAGAUAUCCCAGAAAGAGAGCUUGUGCGGGCGCUACAGUCUCUGGCCUGUGGAAAGCCAACGCAGCGCGUCCUCACUAAAGAGCCUAAAUCGAAAGAGAUUGAGAAUGGCCAUGUGUUCACUGUCAACGAUCAGUUCACAUCCAGACUGCACAGAGUCAAGAUUCAAACAGUUGCUGCUAAACAGGGAGAGUCGGAUCCUGAGAGGAAGGAGACACGACAGAAGGUGGACGAUGACAGAAAACACGAGAUUGAGGCAGCCAUUGUUCGCAUCAUGAAGUCCAGAAAAAGGAUGCAGCACAAUGUUCUAGUAGCAGAGGUCACCCAGCAGCUAAAGGCACGAUUUCUCCCAAGUCCUGUUGUUAUUAAAAAGCGUAUUGAAGGACUUAUCGAGAGAGAAUAUUUGGCAAGAACACCAGAGGAUCGCAAAGUAUACACAUACGUAGCAUGAACAAAGAGUACGGUGAAAUCUGGCACGAAAGAGCGAGUGAAAGUUUUUGGACUUUGCCACAUGUUUGACCUGGGACAUAAUUUUAUUUCUUUUUUUUUCGUUUGUUCGUUUCCUUUUUUGUUUUAUUUGUACUGGGGGAAAUUGGAUUGUAUUCGAUUUAUGUUGAAUUGUUGGUAGCAAUUCACACAAGGCCAUUCACUGUAUCUGGUUCAACUGUAGGCUUUCACAGAAAGUCUCGGUCUCUAUAAGAGAAUUGAGUUAUCGUGUGCUUGCGCUCACGCCAAGGAUCCCAAAACUGUGAAUUCAAAGGAAUACAGAAGAGAUGAUUAGCAGACAUUUGAUGGACGCUAAAAAAAUUCAUAUCGAUGUGAAAUACCUUUACACAUUUGUUUUUAUGUCCGUGUAAAUGUGUUAAUGUCUGUAGCACCUUGUUGCUGGUUGUCUGACACUUCUGGCCACUGGUGUUUGAUUCAGAGCAUGCUUUUACUCAACACAGAUGGACUUACACGCAGUAUAUGAAAAGAUGGUUUGAAGGUGUUUUCUGUCCAGUAUUUUUUAUCGUUUUUUUUUUGUCCUUGUCUGACCUGGCCAAUUGUAGAGGUUGACAAAAAGCUUUCUUUAAAGCUCCUCAAAUCUAGUUCAAACAGGACUGGGCGGUUGUGUUUUUCAGCAUUAAGAAAGAACUCCUGAAGCAUCAUAUUUCAAUGUGUAUAAAUUGUAAAUGACUUAUUGUACUCAAUGCUGAAGUGAACUGUACAGGGCCUUGUUUUCAUCAUUAAAUGUAGAAAAAGCAAAAAAAUAAUAAACAGAUUGGCCGUUUUGGGUCAGACUGCC